UAGGCCUCCCUCUUUCAGCUCGAAAGAUCGCUGCCUCUUUCUGGGAUCUUACCUUCUUCAAACCAGUUAUGGAUUCUGAUCUGGACAUUGCUCGGGCCCAUAUCAUUGAGUUGAAAGCUGAGCUAGAGUACGAACGUAAAGCGCGUAAAAAGGCAGAAGCCAUUAAUAAGAAAUUGGUUAAAGAAGUUGAUGAGGAACGAAGGGGAAGAGAAGCAUUGGAGAGAGUAUGCGAAGAGCUUGCAAGUGAAAUUUCAUUGGAUAAAGCAGCCAUUGUUCGAAUGAAGAAGGAGGUUGAGGAGGAAAGAAAGAUGCUAAGAAUGGCUGAAGUUUUAAGGGAAGAGAGGUUUCAAAUGAAGCUGACUGAGGCCAAGAUUCUCUUUGAGGAGAAGUUGUUAGAAUUGGAAGAAACUAAACGCAUUUCACAGAAGAAAAAAGAAGAUAAGAUACCAGCAUUUACUGCCAAUCUUUCAGGGAAGUUUUCAAGGUUAGUUUUCAGUGAGAAAUCUUGUGAUAACAGUAAGCGAAAAGCAUCUCCAGAAACUCAGAAUCCUCACAUAAAGAGAGGGAUCAAAGGGUUUGUCGAGUUUCCUAGAGUGGUUCAAGCAAUUGGAUCAAAGAGUAGGCAUUGGGGUACGAAGCUGGAGUGCCAAAAGACUCAUCUAAAGAUCCUACUUAAGCAGAAAAGCCCCAUCCGAUCAAAUAGUCUCAUUACGAGUUGAGUUUAUCAAUUCCCU